UGUAAGCAAUUGUACUUCCGAUUCGGACGUCCUACCGUGCGGACGUCUCAAUAAAAACAAAAUAACAAAUAAAAACUGAUAAAAAAUGUGUAUAAAAAACAAAAAGUGAAAUAAUAGUGAUGUUUGUACCUGAACGUGCCUUAACCAAUGGAUUGGCGGGAAAGAUAAAAAAGAAAAAUUUCAAAAUUCGAAGAAGAUCUCAAAGUGCGAAUAUGGGUUAUAAUUUGAAUUUGAAUUUUGGAACGGUGGUCAUUUUGUUUCUAACAUUAGUGACCAUGUUCGAUUUUGUAAUUUGUGAAAGUGAAAAUGACGUUUUGACAUUGCAAGAUGACUUAGAUCAGUUAGAUGUAAAGGAGGAGGCCGCUGAUCGGCGUCGGCCUGCCAAUGAUCAGGAAAAGGACAUAUUGUUAUUAGAUGCUCUAGGGAGAAGAAAAGGGUCAUAUACCCAUAAUUCCUAUAGUUCAUCGCAGGAGGAUGAUUCUAUUAUGGACUUAUUGGGGAAAAUGAUACCUCAGACUUGUCGGUAUAGAGGCUCGCGGUUUCCAUGCGGACUGUCCAUUUCCUGCGUUCUGGGUGGCGGAAAACCUUUGGACUUGUGUUCUGGAGGUAUGAUCUGGGCUUGCUGUGUCGACAGAGAAACAUCAGAGCGCCCCAAUGAAGCACCUUUGGUGCAUAACGCAAGUGACCUAAUAGAACUGAUCGGCACCUUCCCACACGAGAACUUCGACUAUCAGAACACAAACCAAUUCGAAGAACCGGUCAUCAUCUACACGGAGCCAAACCGGCCGAAACCGCAUUACAACCGGCCGAAACCGGAUGAGAACCGGCCGAAACCGAACCAUCACCACUUUUUUCAAGUGAAACCGUCGUACCACGAAAGUACAACACAAACACCUGAUGACUUUUACACGCCUGAUCAAUUUGUGCAAAGCAAUGCUGGGAGUGUUGAUGAUUAUGUGCCUGUACACACGAAUGGUCACAAGCUACCGAGACCAAGUUAUCCGGGUUGUGGCGAACACUUCACUCGCUCCAAUCGUAUAGUGGGUGGUCACUCAACAGGCUUCGGCUCCCACCCCUGGCAGGCAGCUCUGAUCAAGUCAGGCUUUCUCAGCAAGAAACUGGCUUGUGGUGGUGCUCUUAUCUCAGACAGAUGGGUUAUAACCGCAGCUCAUUGUGUUGCCACGACACCAAAUUCCCAACUCCGAGUGCGUCUUGGCGAAUGGGACGUGCGUGAUGCUGGAGAACGGUAUUCUCACGAAGAGUUUGCAGUGCAAAGAAAAGAAGUACAUCCGCAGUAUGAGCCUGCGGAUUUCAGAAACGAUGUGGCGUUGGUGCAACUAGACAGGGGUGUUAGUUUUAAACAACAUAUAUUGCCUGUAUGUCUUCCCCAAAAACACAUAAAGCUAGCCGGAAAAAUGGCGACCGUAGCAGGCUGGGGCCGCACCCGGCACGGGCAAAGCACGGUCCCGUCUGUACUGCAAGAAGUCGAUGUGGAAGUCAUUCCAAAUGAGCGCUGUCAGCGGUGGUUCAGAGCUGCCGGAAGGCGAGAGACUAUACAUGACGUGUUUCUUUGCGCUGGUUAUAAGGAGGGAGGUCGAGAUUCCUGUCAAGGCGACUCCGGAGGUCCCUUAACGAUGAAGCUGGAAGGCCGCAGCACCCUAGUUGGCCUGGUCUCUUGGGGCAUCGGUUGCGGUCGAGAACAUCUUCCUGGUGUUUAUACCAAUAUACAGAAAUUUGUACCUUGGAUCGAUAAACUGAUAACGCCUUGAUAUACGGACGGUGUGAGUAGGAGAAAAAGGAAAAAAAUUAGGAUAACAGGGGACACAGGGAAAGGCAACUGGAGAAAAAGAAAAAAUCCAGAAAAAACCUAUGAAAGUAACAGUGUGAAGAAAGGGGUGUAUGAGAAGAACACAAAAAGCAAAAGAAAUAGAAAAACUGUUAGACCCAAAACUUGAGACAGAAAAACUUACUUA